UCUCUGGCUCAGCGAGAAAUCCGUCAUUCUGAUAUAUCGACCUAUAGUCAUGGCACGGAAAGGUAAGAAACGUGCGGCUGUUAAUGCUGCCGAAGAUACCGCAGAAAAUGUGGAGUCUACCGCCGACAAGGCUACUACCCCAGCCUCACCAACGAAGAAGUCGAAACAGAAGGCGAUAGAUAAAACAACUGAUGCACCUGCCGAAGCAGACAUUUCUGACCACGAUGGUACUGAUGUUGUUGACGAAGAUGACAAGCCAGAAGAGGUCGAGGUAAAACCAAGCCAAACAGAAGGCUCCUACAACGAAGACGGCAAUGGGAAAGAUUCAGAAAGCGAUGAACCUUCGAAAAACCUUGAAGAUGAAAACGGAGAUGAGAAAAAAGUGUCAGAGCCCCCCAAAAGUGGGCGUGGUCGCAAAAAAGCAACACCAAAUCCAGACGCAGGGGAAAGUGAAAGUAACGCUGAUUCUGCCGAUGAGCCACCCAAAAGAAAACGUGGUCGCCCAAACAAAAGAGGUACAGCCAGUAAGACGAAAGAAGCAACUCCGCCGAUUGAGGAAGUGAAAGAAAAAAAGACGUCAACUCGUGGUAGGAAACCCCGUGCCGCCAAAACAAAAACGCAGUCAGAUGAUGAGAAAAAAGAAACUACAGAAACUGGUAAAAAACGUGUCCGUGGCAAACCAACACAAAACAAAGGAGGCGGUGGGGAUUAUAGUCAAGUUAAAGUCAAUAUUGAACACUGUAAAUCUUGACAUGUUUAUAGACGCAAUGCUAAAGUAUUAAGCGAGACGUUGUGCAGUGGGUUACCUGGUAUUUCAGUGGAAUGUAAUAUUGGACGAUCUAAAAGUUUUGAAUGUGAACUUAUCAAGGAAGAUGGCACAGAGGUACUAAUAUGGAGUGGCAUUGAUCUUCCCCGGAAGUUGAAAUUCCCUGAGCCAACAAGUGUUAUUGAUUUGAUCAAAGAAGCUGUAUAACAAAAGGCAUUACUGAAAUACAACAGUCUGGUAAGAAGUUUCAUGUCAGUAUCAGCAUUAAUGACGGAAUGUAAUGAAAGAAUUAUUUCUGUUGCAGUCCUGAAGCUGUGGUUGUUACACUGUAUCUUCUUACCAAACUAACUUUGUAUUCCAGUUGCAAGUUGUUUAAGUACCCAAAACAUGUUCAUUCAUACCCACAUUAUAAAACAAAGGGGGGAGGGUGGGUAUAGACAAAACUAUUAUCUAUAUACUUGUAAGCUUGUUUAUCGUUAAAUUUAGAAGUUUUGCUAACCAAGGGACAUGUAAUAAUGGAUGUCCUACAGUGGGCGCAAGAUAUUUACAUUCACUUAACUCCUGCACCUGGUAGACUACUUUUCUGAGCACUUGAUUAACUGGUAACACACCGGACACUGUAUUUGAUGUGUGGGCAUGUGGCACGGCAUAGUUGAACUAUUCCAUUACUUUGUAGGUACAAUAAUCAUUGCUGUUUAUCAUGUGAAAGAAAUAUAAAACUGGGAAUGAAUAUUAACAAGAAAUGAUAAAUGUAAAUCCCGUUGAUUGGUAGUUUGUUGAUAUUUGAUGUUGUCAUUGAGCAUAUAUAAAUAAUAUUAACAUUGUCCCAUUCUACAUUUCUCUUGUAAUGGCAUGUCCCAUUGCCCGUUUCCUUCUAGUUUCACCUCCAUACUGUCACCUUAUACCAGUUUCAAAUAUCCUUCAGAUCUUGUGUUUUGCAAUGAUAUUAAGAAUAUGAUGUACCAUACACACCAAAGUGAAGAUUCCUGUGCACAAACAUUUCCCAUCAAUUGUGACAAGCAUAUUUCCUUUGCUGUUAGAGUGGGGUUUUGUGAGACUAAAUUCGAUAAAAUCAAUGAUUUCAUUUUCAAAUUCCUUUAUAAACAAUUUCAACCUAAUAAGAGGCAAAUAAUCUGUAAUUUAUACAAUUUUUCAUAAUAGCAAUAAUUUUCAUAGUACCGGUAAAUGAUGCAUUCAAAUCUGAAACUUAAUUCAACUUUAGUGGGUUUUUGUUAAAUAAUUGUAUCAACAAGGUUUAUUUCGUGGAAUGUUCAAAAUAGAAUUUAUUAAAUGAACAAGCAAUCAUGAAAAGAAAUUUCCAACAAAAACAAUGAAUAAAACAUUGAUAUUUUUUGAAUCCUUAUAAGUUGUAAUAGUUGAACCCAUAUGACAAGGCCGUUAUUUUGAUUAACUGUCAUGUUAGCGGGCAUAUAACGUAUCGAGUCUCUGGGGAUGUUGCCUUGGUAACUGCCUACCGGUGCUAAAGUUAGGUGUGUAAAUAUCGUGCGCUCACUGUAAAAGGUCUUAAGUGGUUGACCAUUAGAAACUCCAGGUGGUUGCAGAAUUGAAAACAAAUUUGCACAUGAAAAAAAUUGAUGGGGAAAAUGAUCUUGCAGGUUCUUUAACAGAAAAAAAAACAAAAAAUUGGAACAUAAUUUUCCUCCCAUCCCGUUAGUUUCUAAUGGUCCACCAGCCAGUGUAAAAUCUGUUUUUUUUUUUUGACAAUGUCCUCACAAUUGAUAAUUCGAAACCAGUUUUGACAGUUUAUUAUUAUGAAGAUUUAGACUUUCUAUAUUUUGUGUUCUGUUCAAUUUCUUUUGGCCAUAGAGGUCAACCUGCAUGUUUAAUGUGUUUUGUAUUGAAUGUUAUAAAAAUUUGUUAUGAUCUUCAAGAGGUCUGAAAUGUGAAAAAAAACUUGUUAAUGUCUCCUUUCGUUUACCCAUCACAAAAGUUGAUCUAUUUUUCUAUUUCACGUGUAUUUUUUAUUGUAAAUGUUUUAACA